AUGCAGCCAGUCGAUGUUGCGCGCUCAUUGAGCGCUCAAUGGCCAUGCCGAGAAGUUCAGGCGCAGCAGCUUGCUACCUUGUUCAAUCCUCAUCUUCCUAGCCCGCCGACCUUAGUUGUCCAUGGCAUUUCAGCAACUUGCAAAUCCACAAUUAUCCGCGGAGUCCUCUCUACACUCGAAGUACCGCACGCCGUUGUCCGAAGCAGCGAGUGUAUCACUGGACGGCAUCUUCUCACUAAGAUUCUUUGGAACACUCUUGAGGCCCUGGGUCAAAAGGAUGAAUGGGAGAAAUUUGGAAAGGGGCGGUGUGAGCAUGUCAGUUCACUCGCAGUAUUGCUGGAGGAGUGCCUUGCAACACGAACUGCGGAGAAACGAGGGAAAUUUGUACUGGUGCUGGAUGAGAUUGAUAGGCAAAGAGAGGCACCACCCACUCUACUGUCGGCAUUGGCCCGACUUGGGGAAAUUAUCCCCUCGCUCUGCGUUGUUCUGGUCCUCAGCUCGACUCCUCGACCUAUGUUUCUUCAGAAUACAGCAGUUCCGCAUAUCAGCUUCCCUCCGUACACACGCAAAGAGGCCAUCGAAAUCCUCCUGGCAUCCCCAGUGCCCACUGUGGAAGGCUUGCUCGACGAAUCAUCAUAUCAUAUCUACCCUCAUUUUGUCUCUACCGUCUAUGAUACCCUGAUUGGACCAACCGUUGGGUCCAUCCCAACUUUCCGAGCCAUCUGCCAGCGACUGUGGCCACAAUUUAUGGCUCCUGUUGUCCACGGCGAGGCAGCGCCUGGCGGGGGCACGGAUUGGGACUUUGCGCGAUUAGUAGUGAAGAACAGAGUACUUUUCCGCCAUCAAGGAGAAUCGGCUCUGGUGCAUCGAAUUGUUCCAGAGGAAUCUGCGGCUUCAAGCAAAACGAUUCGCACGCCCUUUGCACCCAAAGCAGCCUCUUCAGCCCUGCCUCACUUGCCAUAUUUCUCUACCUUAAUCUUGACUUCGGCAUACCUGGCAUCUCACACUCCACAACGACUGGACACGAUCUUUUUCUCGAAAUUCUCAUCUUCUUCGCUAUCUGCUCGCAAUAAACGCGCUCACCAUCGACGCCGUUUGAAGGUUCUUUCCCAAGCCCAGGCCGAGGAGCGACAAGCAGCCAAUGAUCCUUCAACGCCAAACAAAAAGGGCAAGCGAUCGAAGACCCGAAUCACGAAGUCUACUCUCUCGUCGGCCUUUGCAACAUCCUCGGCCACUACUUCGGCCACUGGCGGCGGUGGAGGAAUCACCGGUCCAUCCACCAUCCUCACAGCCCGGCCAUUCCCAUUAGAACGUCUUCUGGCCGUCUACCAUGCCGUCGAUCCGAAUCCACCAGCUAAUCCAAUUCACACCCCUGCAGUCGCGGAUCAGAUCUAUGCCGAACUAGCUACGCUACGUCGGCUGCGCCUAGUGGUUCCAGCUUCGGGCCACCAUGGCGGGGCCAGUAUGGGCAGUGGAAAUACAAGCGCGGAUGCAGGAGAGAAGUGGUGCGUCAAUGUCUCGGGUGACUGGAUCGGCGAAUUGGCUAAGGGAAUCGGUGUUGAAGUUGGAGAAUGGCUGGCCGGUGGACUGGACUAG